UGCGCCAUGCUGCGGGGGGCGGCGGUGCGGGCCGCGCUGCUGCGGGCGGUGCGCGGCGCUCCGGGCAGAGCCGGGCUGGGCCGCGCCGUGCCCCGCGCUGAGGAGCAGGAGGAUGAGGAGGAGGAAGAACAGCCGGCGGGGCGCGUCCCGCUGUACCCCGGGCACAUCCCGACCAGCCCGCUGCAGAAAGCGCUGCUGGCGGCCGGCUCGGCGUGCGCGGCUCUGUGGGACCCCUACAGACACGACAUGGUGGCAGUCCUCGGUGAGACCACGGGCUGCCUUGCCCUGCCCAAGCUGCGAGACAGGAUGAGGAAUGACCCUGAAGGUUACCGCAUCCUCCAGGAGCGGCCUCGCAUCCGCCUCUCCACGCUGGACAUGGCCCGGCUGCGGGGGCUGCCUGCUGGCACGCUGGGCCGUGAAUACGUCCGCUUCUUGGAGGACAAUAAGGUUUCUCCAGACACCCGCAUGCCAGCCAAGUUCGUGGAUGAUGAAGAGCUGGCGUAUGUGAUCCAGCGGUACCGGGAAGUGCACGACCUGAUGCACACCCUGCUGGGCAUGCCCACCAACAUGCUGGGUGAAGUGGUGGUGAAAUGGUUUGAAGCCGUCCAGACGGGGCUGCCCAUGUGUGUGCUGGGAGCAGCGUUUGGCCCCGUUCGUCUCAACGCACGAAAGCUGCAGGUCCUGGCCACCGAGCUGAUUCCAUGGGCGGUCCGGAGCGGGCGCAACGCCAGCUGUGUCCUCAAUGUCUAUUAUGAGCAGCGCUGGGAGCAGAGCGUGGAGUCCCUGCGGGAGGAAAUUGGCAUCUUCCCCCCUCCGGCUGUCCGUGUGUGAGAGCUCAUGCUGGGGGGGGGGGGGAAUGGGGGAUCCCCCGUUGGCAGCUGUUCCCUGCACUGCUCCGUCUCCUGCUGCCUCACGAGUGCAGUGUGGCUCUGCUGGUGCCGGCCUGGUGCUGUUCUCUCCUGUCAAGAUCUGGCAGCCCCCUGCUGGGAGAGACCUCCCUGUGCCCUGACAAAAUGUGACCUCUUCUGCUGUUUGUCAGCGGGUGGAAAGGUGGCCAAGUCCUGGUCAUGCUUUUGCAGCUGGGUUUUGCUGGGUUGGGAGUGAAUUCAGACACAGCGAAUUCAUGGCGUGCAGGGGUCGGGGUGCCCUGCUGCUGUGCGCAGGGCCGGGUGCUCAGCCUGGCUCUGCUGUCUGGAUGUUAACCCUGCUGGAGCUGCUGUCAGAAGAUCCCAGGCUGCCCUGAGGCCCUCCUCAUCAAAAAUGUCAUUGUGAGAGGUUUUUGAUAGGAAUUGUCUUCCUCUGACAGUGAGGUGGUGUGAUGGGGAGUAGGGCAGAGUCCUAGGAGAGCAGGACUGGAGGCUGCCUUGCAUCCGGGCACUGCUCACAGUGUGGGUUGAGGGUUCAGCGUGCCAGCGGCUGUUUGCAUAGCAGGGGCAGAGCCACAAGGCAGGCGGGGCUGCGUGCGGGGAGGUUUGCUGUUGAAAUUCCUUCUUGCUCAAUAAAGCCUGUGGUGGAGCUAUGGUUC